GAUAGCCUGAAGAAUUUGGAGCGACUGCUCCGAAAACGAUGGCAGUCCGGGACGGAUUGAGGGAGCUCUACGGAUCUCGCGGAGGAGCUGUACAUUAUGACCGGUUUCGUCCUGGCCCACGACUCUCCCUCCCAGAACCGAAGUUCAACUCCAGCAGCUUGGCACGGAUCCCCCACCAGCACGACAACGGCGUCCCCAAAAAGAGAGUUCUCUCCGCCACACUGGGCUGGAGGCCUCAUCUGUCCGACAGCGUACGAAUUAUCGCCGGGAAUACCGGUAUUGCUAAAUCCGAGGCCGAAGUAACUCAUUAUGGUCUGACCCCCGAGCUUGUCUGCUACGAGCCCGCUCCAUGCGAGUGGCACGACUGUGUGGCUCUGCCUGAGCUCGGCUAUGAUGGCCUUCGACCUGCACGAGCACGCCCUAAGAUGAACUCCAGCACUCGUUGUUGCUGGCUGUCAAGAGAAGCCUGAAGUGGAUAAGUCAUUAUAAAGAUUACUGCAGAACAUCAAAUUAUAUGGCACAAGAUUUUGUCUAUUAUGUUGGUCGUGUUGGUGGCUCAUGUGAUUCUUUUGAUCAUGAUCGACGAUUAUAUUCUGUUGGGGAUGAUUGGUCGUCAUUGACGACGUCAUAUUGCUGGUUCACUAGAUCCGAUCGGUUCUGUUGGUCAUGCUAGUUCAACCAGCCUGGUUGCUGGCUCUGUCGACUGCUUUCGUUGGGUGUUAUUUUCGGUGGUUUCUUAUCUCCAUAGU